AUGGCAGUUUCCCUUGAGGAGUUGUUGCGUGCGACCAGUCGACCAGACGGCUAUAAAGAUUACAGCACUUUGCCAUCUGAAUUUCCGUCGCCGUUACUAAUCGAUGCGGUGGACGGUGUUUUACUGUACCAACUUGCCGAGAAUACGGACAUCAAGAAACCCGGAUUUGUAUAUUUGAAAGAUUGUUUCCUUAGAAUCCAACAGGCCAAAAGAAUCAGCAAAAAAUCCGAAGAAGAUGCGUUCACAUUACAGGAGACUGAAAAGCUAAUUGUGGGUUACGGGCUUGUGGUUUUCCAGAUAGAGGAAUUCUGCAUGGGUGAAAACAAUUUUGCGGCUUACAUGGUCGACAUUUUGCAACGGUUUGACGACUACACAGACUAUUUACCCCUUUUGAUCCAGCGAGCCAUACAGGAGGAAUCUCUGAUGGAAUUCUUGAACAAUUUCUUCGUUUCGCUCAAACGCCACUUGACUUCCGUUAAGCUUUUCGAUAUGAACGAUACCUCCUUGUACACAAAUACCCUUGCGUGCUUCGAGAUAUUUUUGUCAUACAAACAGGUGGCGAGCGUCUUUACGCAAGUCGAGGGAUUUUUUGCACCCUUCAACACCAAGCCAAAUCAAUUUGAGAAAACGACACUAAUGGGUCCAAUCUUUACUUUAUCGCCCCUUAAUCCGAAUGUUGCGUUACGCAAUUACGGCGAUGGUCUGGAAAGAACGCAAGCACAGUUGAAUGUUCUUCACGAGGCUCUUCAAGCAGAACACAGAGUCGUUCUUGACCGGCUUUUUUUUAUUGUCGAUAAAAUUAUUCGCGGUUCCGGCGAAUCGAGAUCGGCGAUGCUGUCCUAUUUCGCGCAGAUUAUUAACAAAAACCACUUGCGACGUGGCGAUCACGCCAAUUCCAAUAAGCUGGCAUCGAAUGCCUUUGUCACUAACAUUGCUCUGCUGCUGAUUCGCUUCUCGCAACCCUUUUUGGACGUCUCCUACAAGAAAAUUGACAAAAUUGAUGUCAACUACUUCAACAAUUUGAACUUGCUCCUCGAUUUGUCCGAAGAGACGCGUAUGAAUUCCGAUUUUAAAGAAGCGGACGCCUUUUACGAUAACAAUAAGAAGUCUGAGGACAACAAACCGAACUUUAUUUCAGACUGUUUUUUUCUAACGCUAACUUACCUCCAUUAUGGCAUUGGCGGUACAAUCUUAUAUGAUGAAAAGAUCAGCCCUCAGGUUAAGAGAAUGAGACAAGAAGUUGAGAGAAUUAGAGGAGUUGCUCAGACCAACGACAUGUUUGCAAGGUUUACAGCAAUGCAGCUCCCUUCUCUUGAGAAAACUCUUCAAAUCACACAGUCUUUGAAACAGGCAUUGCAAGGGUUCUUUUGUCAUAAGGCCAUUCAAGACGAAGUUUUCGAAUUUGUCAGCGGCGCCUCGACCUUUUUAAUGCGCGUCAUUGAUCCAUCUCAUGAAUUCCCUUUCAAGCCUCUAAGUUUACCAUUAAUACCUGACCAGGUUGGGGUUGAAAAUGUUGAUAACGCUGAUUAUCUGAGAGAGCAUGCACCCAUCCCAUUUAAGUAUUAUCCAGAGUUUGUCAUUGAAGGGCUUAUCAAUUAUCUCCAGUUCAUUUCAAAAUUUGUUAGCGCCCCCCUUUACAGUAGCCCAAGAUUACAUUCAUGUGUUGAGCUAUCUACUACUAUCUUACGGUGUCCAGAGCUAGUUUCAAAUCCCCACCUUAAAGGAAAGCUGGUCCGUUUCUUGAGUGUGGGUGCAAUGCAUAUGGGUGAGAAUGCUCCAGGGUUUAUGAUGAAAAUUUUCGAAAAUAAUGAGCUUGUUCGCGAUAAUCUAUUGUACGCAUUGCUUGAUUUCUACGUUAUCGUGGAGAAGACGGGUUCUUCUUCACAAUUCUACGACAAAUUUAAUAGCAGAUACAGCAUUUCGAUCAUCUUACAAGAAAUUUAUGAGAUCCCAGAAUAUCGGCAGCAGGUUCUAUGGCAGUCGGAGGAAAAUGCAGACUUUUUCAUUCGCUUUGUCGCUCGGAUGUUGAAUGACCUAACUUUUCUUCUAGACGAAGGUUUGAGCAAUUUAGCUGAGGUACACAACAUUCAAAAUGAGUUGGCAAAUAGAGCAAAGGGUUUGCAAUCAUUUCGCGAAGAAGAUGACCAAGAGUUGCAAUCGAAGUUAGUCUCCGCCGAAAGACAAGCCCGAUCUUCGUGUGGUCUAGCAGAAAAAUCUGUCGCUCUGUUCAACAUCUUCACAGAAGAUAUUCCAAGGGCCUUUACAACGAAGGAAAUUGUCGACAGAUUGGCUAGUAUGCUCGACUAUAAUCUUGCAUCACUUGUGGGACCCAAAUGCCGCGAACUGAAGGUCAAAGAUCCUCAAAAGUAUUCGUUUGACCCAAAGGCACUACUGAAGUCGUUGACAACAGUUUACAUUAACUUGUCUGAUCAAUCCGAAUUCAUCUCAGCGGUGGCAAGGGAUGGAAGAUCUUUUCAAAAGGAGUUGUUCGAUCGCGCUGUUUACAUUUUAGGAAACAAAACCGGUCUGGUGUCUGAUGAGUUUUGCUGCAAGUUAAUGCAGUUCGCCCGAGAUGCUCAAGACCAAAAGAUUGCCGAGGAAGAGGAAGACAUGGAAAUGGAAGAUGCUCCAGAAGAAUUCUUGGAUCCGCUCAUGUUCCACAUUAUGACAGAUCCUGUCAUACUUCCAGCUUCAAGGGUCACUAUAGACAGAAGUACUAUUAAGGCGCACUUGUUGAGUGAUUCAACUGACCCGUUUAAUCGAGUACCGUUAAGAUUGGAGGACGUUGUACCCGACGACGAGUUGAAGGCCAGAAUUCAGGAAUACAAGCGGCAAAAGAUGGCCAACCGUUUCUCUAAGUAA